GAGCUUUAUGAAUGACAGGCGCCGUUUCGUGACAUUGUGGCAAAGUGACUCGUGCGGUCUCCGUCCCCGGGAGAGAGAGAGAAAGAGAAAGAGACGCGUGCGGCCGGUGAACGGAGACGGAGACGCGGCGUGACAUGCGCGCGGACUGCGGGGAGGACGCGCGGAGCCGGAGCCGGAGCGCGCAGCACGGGUCUGUUUCAUGAGGUUACAAAACAGUUUGAGGCACGGCGUGAAACCUGCGACGUGGAUCUAAAAGAGAGUCCGAUCAGAGGGGAGAGAGUCCCGCACGCGAUGUGCUGAACUUUAAAAGUGUGUAGAAGAAGAAGAAGAAGAAGAUCCGUCUGGGAAUCUGUUUAUUUACUGUAAAGAGCCGAACUUGGGGACAUCCAGGUGAACUUUCCCCCCACGUGAUGUACACAAUUACAAGAGGUCCCAGCAAACUGGUCACCCAGCGGAGGACAGGGCCCACUCAGCAGCUGGACAGCAAAAUAAGUGACUUCAAGCACAAACAGACAUCCUGGAACAUGCCUGACCUUCCUGCACCCAAGAUAGUUUUCAACCGUCCGAACGGUAAGAAGUACCAUCACCCGGCUCCGGCGCUCUCCGACGACAGUCAGCGCGAGGAGAUCUUCACUCCUGCACACGAGGAAAACGUCAAGUUCGUGUACGACGCCUGGCAGGAAGUGGCGGAGCAGCAGCAGCAGCAGCAGCAGGAGCCAGAGGUGGCUCGCCAAGCCGUCCACUACAAAGAGACGACGCCCGGCCCGCAGAUGGACGGCUUCGUGCCCAUAGACCUGGAUGAGUGGUGGGCCCAGCGCUUCCUGGCCAACAUCGACAAGCUCUCCUGACACGUCUCGGCGCUCCCUGGGAGGCGAGACACGAGGCGGGACGGCUGGCGGACCGAGCCCGGGCGGGUCUGCUGGGUCUGAGCGUUCAGGCGGACUGAAGGCGCUGGGACGCCGCCGCCGCCGGAGAGACGCCACUUAACUUGAACUCUUGGCUUCGGUCCGCAGUUGGUCCAUCUCUGAACGGGCAGCCAGCGGAGACGGACCGAGGAGGGCUGACCUCCACAGAAGAGAUGUUACUCCUUUUAAUAAACCUGAAUUUUUAUUUUAAAGUGACGCUUUUCCGACUCCGUGUUUAUUGGCUGUAAUAUUGAAGCGAUUUCAAUAAAGACACUGCUGUUUUCAUCA